GGAGUGGGUGUGGUGCACCGCACCCUCGCUGCGCCGAGUCACGUCCAUUGCCGGCCACGGGUUGAUGGCAGACCGCGGCGGCGCUGCUGACGAGGGUGGCGGGGCUGCCGGUCUUGCUACCCCCGGUGCCGCAUGUAGGACCAGCAGCCCUGGCCCCUUCGCCGUCGGUUGCUCCGUCUCCACACAGUGGUCGGCUGCUGCAUGCGACAACCCCGGUGCUGCUGCUGCUGCUGCUGCUGCAUGCGACAACCCCGGUGCUGCUGCUGCUGCUGCUGCUGCUGCUGCUACAGCCGGCGGCGGCAUCAGCAGCAGUCCCCCCACCCCCUCGGCCCCCCGGCAGCGCCCGCCCUCGCUGACCAUGCUGCUGCUGGGUCCGGGCGAGGUGGGGCUGCUGGGCAGUCUGGCGGCGCUGCCGUGGGGCGGGGCGGUGCUGCUGGCGGGGCUGUGCGUCAUGGUGGAGGCGCUGCAGGUGCACGGCUGGUUGGACGCACUGGCCUCCCUGCUGGCCGCCCUCAUCACCACCGCCUCCACCUCGCAGGGGGAGGGGGCCGACCCAGCCACCGCCACUGCCGGCGGACAGCUGGGGGGAGCCGCUGGAGCACACCUGGCAGGCAGCAGCACCCCCGCCACCUCCACCGCCUUCACCCUCCUCUCACCCGCCCUCACCACCGCCGCCUCCACCGCCGCCGCCGUCUUCACACUGGGUUGGCUGUCCGCCGCCUUGUCAGUCGUUAUGACGGGGCAGGCUGCGGCCGUACUGCUGGCCCGAGCCAUGAUGCGACCCGCCUUCCUCUCCGCCCUCAGCCUUGCAGCUGCUGGUGGCAGCGGCGUUGGCAAUGGUGCGCUUAGUGCGGUGGGUCCCGCCAGCAGCA